GAGAGAGAGAGAGAGAGAGAGAGAGAGAGAGAGAGAGAGAGAGAGAGAGAGAGAGAGCAAGUGAAUGGGAGAGAUAGAGUAUGUGAGUGAGAGCACAAGAGAUAGGUGGAACGCCUAUCCUCUGAUCAGUGUAAGAUCUUACCAGACUGCAGUCAAUUUAGAACAUUUCAAAGAUAACGCAUAUGGUUCUAGUUUGACCUUGGGGUCAGGGAGAAGAGAUCACAGAGAAGAAACUUCCUUGUCGGAAGAGUUGGUUGACAGGUGUAUUUGGAAUGAAGAUGUCAAUGGUGAAACAGGCAGCAAUGGCUGUGGUGGUGGUAGCGAUGGGAUGCAUGGCCGUCAUCGCUCUAAUCCUCACAUUAGUUCAGCACCACUCAGUGGAUCUCCCCCAUCGCAUGCAGUAUGGGAUGGUGUUUGACGCUGGAUCCACACACACUUCUCUCUACAUGUACCGUUGGCCUGGCAACAAAGAAAACAACACUGGGGUGGUGUCACAGAUGCUGGUCUGUGAUGUUGAUGGAAAUGGCAUCUCUAGCUAUGCCCGGGACCCCCCUGCUGCAGGGCUCAGUCUGAGGAAGUGCCUGGACAGUGCACUGGCAGUCGUCCCUGACAACCAGCUGAGGGAAACUCCUGUGUACCUUGGUGCUACCGCUGGCAUGCGACUCUUGCAGCUACAGAAUCAAACCCAGUCUGAUCAGGUUUUGGAGCAGGUAACCAAGGUGAUCCAGGGGUAUCCCUUUGACUUUCGGGGGGCACGAAUUCUCUCUGGGAUGGAGGAAGGGGCUUACGGAUGGAUCACCACCAACUAUCUACAAGAGGGCUUCAUCAAGCACGGCUUUGAGGGAGGAUGGGUGCGUCCUAAAGGAAGGAAGAUCUGGGGUGCCCUGGAUAUGGGAGGCUCUUCCACCCAGAUAGCCUUUACUCCCGGCCAGCCUGUACGGGACCCUGCCUCCGCCCUGGGACCCAAGCUCUAUGGUUACCAGUAUGAGGUGUACACACACAGCUACCUGUGCUAUGGCAAGGAGCAGACCAUGAGGCAGCUACAGGUUCAUCUUCUCAAGAUGAGUGGGUCUACCCGCCCAGUCAACCACCCCUGCUACCACCUGGGUGACAACCUAACCCUGACUCUGGGUGACCUCUAUGACUCCCCCUGCGUGGUCAGACCCGUGACCUUUGACCCAGCCUCAGUGGUCACCUUCACAGGUACCAGUGAGCCACUUCAGUGUCUCAACCAGAUAAAGAACAUCACGAACCUGGCUGCCUGUUCCCUGGCCCCCGACUGUGGCUUCAACGGGGUCUACCAGCCCCCUGUCAUUGGAAACUUCUUUGCUUUCUCAGCAUACUAUUACACCUUUGACUUCCUUGGUCUGGCUCCUCAGUCCUCUCUGUCUCAGGCUACCACCACAAUAGACACUUUCUGCAAAAGGACCUGGAACUCGCUCAAGAAAGAGUAUGCUGUAAAAGACAAGUACCUUCGUGAUUACUGUGCCUCAGCCAACUACAUAAUGACAGUACUACUAGACGGCUACAAGUUCAACCAGACCUGGGGAAACAUAUACUUCCAGAGACAGGUGGCAGACACAGACAUUGGCUGGACGCUGGGCUACAUGUUGAACCUGACCAACCUGAUCCCCUCAGAGCUCCCCCUGGUGGUGACAGGUGUGCAGCGCAGCCAGUGGGCAGCAGAGGUCUUCUUCAUUGUGUUUGCUGUGUUCCUCAGCCUGAUGGUACUGGUCCUACUGUGGCUCUGGAACCCACAGGACGGACGAGGUAACAAAUGACAAUCGAUGAAAUCACACUCUGAACGUCUCUGUCUUCUAGUCUAUAUAGUGAUGAGAUACAAUGUGAUGUAACAGCAGCUAUCAAGCACUGUGUCAAUAAGAGCGGAACGGAAGUGGCAGCUCCUGGAACUCCCAGUAAUAGUUAAAUAAAUAGUCAUAUUUUCUGUCAAUAUGACUAAUUAUGGAGGCAGUUGAAUGUAUUAGGAAUUUAUUAGGCAUUUAUAAGCUGCAUAGCUUGAUGUUUUUCCUGCAAAUAGAAACCCUACAACUAUAAUAUAUAACUAUCUACUAUAAAUGAAUAGUGUUGGUAUGAACAUAUACCUCAAUGAUUUUAUAUUUCUCCCCCCCAUAAACAGUCAUUGAAGUACCAAAGGGAGGAUCAUUUCAAGUGUCACAUCACUAUUACUACAUGACUUGUUCAAUGCAUUUGAUAUAUUACAUUUAGAAAUAAAAUACAAUCAUAAGGGCG